GCAUGAAAGUGAGAUCACCAUCCUCGAUGCAUGUGGGCCGAUGCUGCUAGAGCUUCGAGAGAGAGGGAUACUUCCACCCGGCUAUUGGUUCGACCAGGCGAUCGUCAACUUCUACUCAGAAGGCGAUGGUAUACCGAUGCACGUGGACAGAGCUAACUUCGAUGACUACAUCGUUGGCUUCAGUCUGGGUGCUCCAGUUGUCAUGGACCUCGAGCCGUUGGACUUGAGGGAAAGCUUUCCAGCGAAGCACCAGGCAGAGGAGGAAGAAGGAUGCGAGGCAGAGCGCGCUGAACGAAGCUGCGGUCAGCAUGUGCUGCUCGAG